AUGGCCCCCGAGACAAACGCCGGCUUCAACAUCAUCUGGUCCGACGACUUCUCUUCCGGCUCCCUCGACAUGACAAAAUGGGACCGCUUCACCGCCGCCCCCUCUAACGGCGAACAAGAAACCUACCCCUCCUCCGGCAACAACUGCCAGUUGACAUCCGCGCAAACCCUCCUCAUCACCCCCGAGAACAGCGGCGGCGCCUGGACCUCCUGCCGCAUCGAGUCCCUGCCCUCCUUCCAAGCCAAAGCCGGCGGCCAAAUCAUCGUGCAAUCGCGCUUCAAGCUCGGCUCCCCCGGCGCCAACCUCCAGGGCAUCUGGCCGGCAUUCUGGUCUUUAGGAGAAGCAGUCCGCAACGGCGUCUCCUGGCCGGCUUGCGGCGAAAUCGACACCUUUGAGAACAUCGACGGCGGGGCCCUGGGCUACGGGACGCUGCACUGCGGCGCCGCGUGCAACGAUCCCACGGGGUUAACCUCCGGAAUCGCGUUCGAUUACGGGACGUUCCAUACCUGGGCGCACGCCAUCGAUCUCCGCAGCGGCGACUGGACCCAGCAGAGCAUUACGUGGUAUAUGGAUGGGCAGGCGUAUCACGUUAUCCAUGGCUCUGAUGUCGGGAAUGCGGCGACGUGGACGGCGGUUGCGCAGAGCGGGAUGUUCAUCACGCUUAAUGUGGCGGUCGGGGGAGGGUGGCCGGGAAAUGCGGCGGGGAAUACGGCGAGUGGGCAGGCGGCUGGGAUGGAGGUGCAGUAUGUGGCUGUUUAUGAGAGUGCUUGA